CCCUUAGAAUCGACAGUACCGCUAUUGGAAUCCAUAAAUGAUACCGUUACCAAAUCUCCUUCAGGCGUGGAUCAGAACUUAACGAUCUUUGUCGGGAUUCUGACUACUUAUGAGAAGAUCGAGGUUAGGGAGAGCUUGCGCGAGCUGUACACACAUAAUAACGACGCUCUGGCGCGGUAUCUCGGAGUUAAGAAAUCGCCCGUAACGAUUAGAUUUAUCCUAGGACUGCCAGAGGAUGAAUAUAAAGAUGAGCUGGAGGAAGAGUCUAUAACGUACGGGGAUAUUGUUAUUUUAAAUAUUGAAGAGAACAUGAACGAAGGAAAGACAUUUGAAUAUUUCAAAUGGUUUGCUAAGCAUAGAGAGGAUAAUUAUAUGCACAAAUUGGACGAUGACACUUUCCUCCACCUUAUUCAUUACUACCGUGACUUUCAAGACUUACCGAGAGAACGUGUAUACUAUGGCAAUUGUUUAGGAGAUAGACCUGGAUCAUAUAGGUUUAUGGGAGGUGCGGGAUAUACACUCUCCCGCGACCUCGUUAUAGACAUUGCUGAAUCCGACUGGGUUAGUUCAUUUAUCGAAGGCGCUGAGGACCAGCUAGUGGGUGAGUGGAUAUGUCAUGUGGCUAGGGAGAAGAAAUAUUUCGUGCACUAUGUCGGCUUUACUGAUUGGAAACCUCUCCGUCAAAACCCCUAUCAUGAUUUUGACAAGAAGCUGGACUUCAACUCCCUUGUCGAGACCAUCAUGAUCCAUCGCAUAAAGAACAUUGAGGAUCUGAAUGCCAUUAAAGAUGUGUACACCGAAUACGAAGAAGGAUUGCCAAUAGUCAGAGUCAUUCGGAAUUCAACGACCGAAAACCUGGUUACAAAAAGGGAGAUUAUUCCAACAUGCUGGACCGCACUUGAGAGGGAGAACUGGAAUCAAUCUUUGCAGAAUACUUAUAAAAACUGGUUCUAUGAAGCUUGGGGCUUUAAGGAGGGGAUGUGGUAUGGGUAUUAUGGGCCUGUGGAAGAUAUAGAGAUUACCGAAUAG